AUGAAGGCUUUUCUUCUGCAGCUGCCCCAGAGGCUGCUCCUGCUGGGGGCGGCCACCCUGACUGUGUCUGCCCUGGAGACAGCCGACCUGGUGGACCUGUGCGGGCAGACGUGGCAGGGCGACGGGCUGCUGCUGCGCUCGCACUCCGCAUCGCGCAGGUUCUACUUCGUGGCUCCUGACACCGACUGCCAGCUCUGGCUGCGGGCUGCCCCCGGCGACCGGAUCCGCUUCCAGUUCCGCUUCUUCCUGGUCUACAGCCUGACCUCGGUGUCGCCGGUCCCCCCAGCGCCCAACGCCUCCUCGCCCGCGCCAGCCGACUGGUGCGACUCCGGCUCCUACCUGCAGUUCUACGAGGGCCCGCGGGGGGCGCCCCAGGCCCUGGGGGCCCCUCUCUGCGGCCUGACCAUCCCAGUUCCUGUGGCAUCCUCCGGACCCUUCUUAGGCCUGCGCCUGGUCACCAGAGGCCACCAGCCCCGCGUGGACUUCGUGGGUGAAGUCACCACUUUCCGGCUGGGGUCUUGUGGUGCCUACUUCCGCUGCCGGAACAGCAGGUGCAUCCCCCCGAGCCUGGUGUGUGACCGCUGGGGCGUGGACAACUGUGGUGAUGGCAGUGACCAGGGCUCCUGCACAGGUCCCUCUCCAGUACCUAGCCAGAUGGGGAGUACGGAUGACAACCCCUCCAGGGCUUGGACUCUCUCCGCAGCCCUCAGGUCUGCAGGCCCCCUCCAGGUUGCAGCUGAGAGGAGCCCCGUGGCAGACCAGGACCCUGCAAAACAGCAUGUGGCUUUGGCAGGCCCCUGGCCGUGGGGGGUGGCCCUGGCCUCCUCGCUGCUCCCCACCAUAGCCAUCCUCCUGAUGCUCUGGUGCUGCUGCUCCUCUGGCCGGCUAUCCUGGCAAACGGGUGCCCGCAGGCUCGGCCUCUGCUGCACCUCAGCCUGCACCACCUGCUACUCGUGUCCUGGCCAGGUUGCCCCCGGCGGACUGCAGCUCAGUCAGCCGGCCGUCCAGGAGCUCGGAGGCCAUCCCUAG